GUGUGUGAAUGACUCAAGUGGCCGCUCGGGGCUGUGUUGGUGUCGCUUGGUAGUGCCUCCGUGAAGGGAGGAGGAAAGAAGGAGCUGGGCUUGCCGGGGGAUCCGGCUGAAGCUUGCGGAGACUGCUGGGAAUAAAACGAAGUUUUAUUUGGGGGAUCUCAAUACUGUUGAAGAGGUUUUCCCUAAAACUAAGUGAACGGUUGUUUACAUGCUCAGGAUAGCAGACUGCAUCAGUAUUUAAUAAUCAAAACCCACCAUGCGCGAGUACAAGCUCGUGGUCCUCGGCUCAGGAGGCGUUGGAAAAUCUGCAUUGACAGUACAGUUUGUUCAGGGAAUAUUUGUGGAAAAAUACGACCCUACUAUAGAAGAUUCAUACAGAAAGCAAGUGGAAGUUGAAGGGCAGCAAUGUAUGCUUGAAAUUCUCGACACAGCCGGAACAGAACAGUUCACGGCUAUGAGAGAUUUAUACAUGAAGAACGGUCAAGGAUUUGCACUAGUAUAUUCUAUCACGGCACAGUCCACGUUUAAUGACUUGCAGGACUUGAGGGAACAGAUUUUACGGGUUAAGGACACAGAAGACGUUCCCAUGAUCCUAGUGGGCAAUAAAUGUGACCUGGAAGAUGAGCGGGUAGUUGGCAAGGAGCAGGGGCAAAACUUAGCCAGACAGUGGAAUAACUGUGCCUUUUUAGAAUCUUCUGCAAAAUCUAAGAUCAAUGUAAACGAGAUCUUUUAUGACUUGGUCAGACAGAUAAAUAGGAAAACACCAGUGGAAAAGAAGAAACCUAAAAAGAAAUCAACGUGUCUGCUGCUUUAGAGACUCUUCAAGCAGCAGCUCUGAGCCAGACUACAGGAAUGAAGAACUGUUGCCUAGUUGGAAAGUGCCAGCAUUCCAAAUUGGAGACAAAAAAAAAAAAUAAUGAAACCCCAUCAAAAUUAACAUAUCUUAAGAGGCUCCUUCUGUUUUGUAUAUUAUGUGAGGAAGUUUGAUCUACAGUACUGUUUGCACAAGAAUCCCUACGAAUGAAUUAGCUGUUUCUAGCUCACCGAAACCAGGACGCAGUUGUAUCUUUUCUUGCAAUAGUGGUUUUUCGCAAAUGUGAAAGUAGAUACGCGACUUGAUUUUGAACGAUCCUACAGAAAGAGCAUAAAUGCAUUUCAAAUGUUAGAUAUUAAUAGUUUAAUUUACCAGAUUUUCACAAUGACUUUCUUCCAAAUCCUUUUCCUAGUCAUGCCUGUCAAGCACUAAAAAUAAAAAAAACAAAAAACAAAACUGUUCAGCCAUUUAUAGUUUUACAUUAUAAAUAUAGAGUUAUAUAUAUGCCCCUUAACGAAGUCAACGGGGCGCCUUCAUUUUAUAUUUAAAACGUAUGGGUUUAUCAUUAUUCAUCUUGUCAUAUUCUAAUUAAAACAUUUUGUGCAUAAUGCUUUUUGGGGAGGGAAGGGGACGGAGGGGUCUUUUAUAGGAAAACCAGGAUAACUGAUUUCUAUGGAUUUCAAAGCUGAAAUAUAUAAUAUACUAAAACAACUCUAAUAUUGCUUCUUGUGUUUUACUGUCACAAAUUAAAUUACAGCUUUUAUGAAUGAUUAAAUUUUAGUACAUUUUCA